AUGAAGCACGCGAGCUACGUAUUUGCAAUAUUUGCAACGCUCUCAUUUAUUUUUAUAUCGGUAACGUGCCGGGAUGGAAGCGUAUUCCAAGACUCGGUGAUGUAUAACAUCAAUUGGCCAGGUGAUAAAAUCGACAACCUAGAGCUAGGCGAUGAGUACAUGACAGUGGUAAGCUCGCAUCAAGAGCAGUACAAGUGUUACCUGCCCAAUGUGAAGAGAAACUCUCACAGUGAUGUAAAAUAUGAAGGUCCCAGUGUGGUAGAUCUGCUGGAGCCACUACUCUUUGCCAAAUUACCUUGUUCCUUCAGAAUUGAGAGUUAUUGGUCCUAUGAAGUAUGUCAUGGCAGGUAUGUGAGGCAGUAUCACGAAGCUAGAGAGGGUAAAACAGUCAGGGUUCAAGAAUUCAAUCUUGGUAAAUGGGAUCCACCACAAAUGCUUCAUGUUCUGAAUGAACUCAAGAAGAAAGAACCCACUGAAAAUACACAAAUUCCAACCAAGAAGAUUGAUGGAUAUAAUCUGCCCUAUAUUGAGGUGACCAUGGGCAAUGGCACAUUGUGUGAGUUGAAUGAUAAUAAACCAAGGCAGACAACCAUCUUUUAUGUUUGCUAUGUGCAUGGCAGGAAUGAGAUAUUUUCUUUCAAAGAGUCUUCAAUUUGUACUUAUGAAGUCAUUGUACUCACACCAUUACUAUGUGCCCAUCCUAAGUACAAGUCCUAUGAGACUGGUGAGAAUAACAUCCAUUGUAUACCAGAUGGCGACAGUCCAAAAAAACCACGCAAUCUUUUGAAACUUAACUACGACAGCCGCAAGUUACGUGCGGCCGCGUUACAAGAACAAGUUCAGGUGGAAUUCACGCCAUUUGUACCAAAAGCCAGCGAGAAACUUCCACCGGAGACACCCGUGGAUACUUCACCAGUUGAAAGCUUUCUUUCCGGGCGUAACUGUCUCGUAGGCGGUGCUGGUUGGUGGAAGUACGAGUUCUGCUACGGAAAGUCCGUGGAACAAUAUCAUAUUGAAAAAGAUGGCAGCAAGACCUCGAUUAACCUCGGUAUAUUCAACCUGGAGAAACACCUGGAGUGGAUUGAAAGUCAUCCACAUAAGAGACCCAAACCUGUGGCGCAGCGCACACAACUGUCACAUCAUUACAGUGGUGGAAGCAUUUGUGACAAGACCGGCAAUGCCAGACAAACCGAAGUAAAACUAAAAUGUCUUGAAAAAGCAAGCAGUCAGAACACAGUGUCGUUGUAUUUAUUGGAACCACGUUACUGCGAGUAUAUUUUGGGCGUUGAAUCGCCUUUGAUUUGUGAUAUUCUAGCCAGAGCUGAUGAGAAUGGACUCGUUGAAAGCGCCAAUGAUGAGGAAGUCACGAUUAGAGUCUAGGGGGCAUCAUCAUGUGAUUUGGAACAAGUUUUGUUGAACAUUAUCUAGAUUAAUUCAUCUUGAUUUGAAUCGUUAUACUUGCGCAGAGAACGAUUCUUUUUCAAAUAUGAUAUACCUGCAUAAUCUUCAUCUGCUGAGUUGCUUUGACUUUCUUCAUCCAUUUUAACAAUGUCCAAGUGUUGUUUGGUAUUAUAAUGAGCUCCAGAAUCCUUUUCAUUGUAAUUUAAAAUAAUUAUUCGAGUAUAUUAACUAAUAUAAUACCAUUUACUUACCGA